AUGAAAAUAAGAAUUAUAAAAUACAAAACUUUUUUCUUCUUUCCUUCCUUUAUUUAUUUUCCUCCUUUUUUUUCUUUUUUUCCUUUUUUUCUUUUCCUAUUUCCUUUCUUAUUAUGUCGAACAGGUUGGCUUCAAGAUCUAAGUGGUGUAAAGAUCAAAAUAGCUGAUAGUUUUAAAGAUAUUCCAAAGAUUCGUGUGCCACAUAUGAGACUGGAUCGAAAUAAAAUAAUGGAAAAAUUUAAUUAUGACUUUGAUCUUGAAGAGAGGACUAAGGUCCUCAUUGUUGGUGUUGUUAUCUAUCUAUCUAUCUAUCUAUCUAUCUAUCUAUCUAUCUAUCUAUCUAUCUAUCUCAGCAUGUUCAUUUCUAUCUAUCUACCUAUUUUAUCUACCUAUUUUAUCUACCUAUUUUGCUUGCAGAAUCAGUCACUGCUUGCUGGUAGGCCUACUAAAAUCACUCAAAAGUGUCAGGAAGAGUUAGUGCCCGUUGCAGUUGCCAGCUUGCUAGACGCACUCCCUGUCCUUAGCACCCGGAAAAAAGGUUGUUCUAUCUUGAUGGCUUCUGCUAUGAGACAAGUGGCUCUGGCCUCAAAAACCUCCCUUACUCGGCGAUUUUUCUCCCGGACAGCUUUGCCACAGCUGAGAGUGUCCCAGGGAGAUGUUUCAUCGCAAAGCCGCAACUUUGACCACUUCAUCCUUCCUGCUGCUUUAGUGUUGACAGUAUUUGGUGUCUCGGUCUCUCUGUUCAGCACUCACCAGUUAUCAUAUAACUCCUGUCGAUCUCUCAAGAAAUAA